CCUGUUAGCCAAGAUCUUUUUAUAUAUUUCUGAGGUUUAUACAAGAAAAUAUUGCCUGUUUGAUUUCAUUGUCAUAAGACAAAAAUAAAAACAAUGCUCUUUUCGGAUACACCAAGAUCUAUCGCCACGCGGCGAGACAGUUCGCUAAUUUUAUCUAGAAGAUCAGUAUCUGAAGCGAGACAUAUUGGAGGAAAUCUAAUGUCGAGCAAGCUGUCUAUAGCCAUGGGCUGCGACUCUACAACGUUUCUAAUGAGUCGGCCAAGAGGCUCGGUACAGAAAGAGAUCGUUACAUGUUUAUUCAAUUCCAUGUUGGACAGCAUCGUUGAAUCUUGGGAAGUAAUAAGUCAAGUUAAAAAAGAAGAAAGUUUUGGAACCAAAGACUUUGGAAAGGUCACCAGUAGUAUAUUUCCACAAAAGAAAAAGAAAAAUCUUGCCAAAUCGAAGUCGAAAAGGUCGAAAACCGAAUUUAUGGAUGAGGCACAGGAGGAGACAAUACCUACGUCUUGGUGGACUGCUCCAGAUGAACGUGCAAUAAUUCGAUUCCGAAACGGUAACUUAUACGAGGGAAACAUUUCUAUGAAAGCUAUGCACGGUGACGGCAUUUACAUAUGGGCAGAUGGAACCGUGUUCACGGGUUGCUUCAAGGAUAAUGAGAUGAAUGGAAGAGGAAUGCUUCAAUGGAAAGAUGAUACUUGGUACGAGGGGGAUUUCGCCGGCAACUUGCGUCACGGUAAAGGCAUGUAUGUGGAUUCACGAAGACAACGCUCCUACAUUGGCGAAUGGUACAACGGUACUAAGCAUGGACGCGGAACUAUAUAUUACUCUGAAACGUUUAAAAAUUCUUAUGACGGUCAGUGGGUUUAUAACGUACGUCAUGGGUAUGGAGCCAGGGAAUACUGUCCCCAAAGUGUGUACGAAGGACAGUGGGAUCUCUAUAUUAGAGAAGGUAAAGGCUUGAUGGUAUGGCCCAAUCAUGAUUUUUAUAGAGGAGAAUGGAAAAAUGGCGUCAUGUCUGGCAACGGCACUUACAUUUGGGAUACUUUUUGUAACAACACCCUGUCUCAACCGUCUGUUAUAAUGUACCGCGGGCAGUGGCUGAGAGGGCAGCGGCAUGGCUGCGGCCUACUGCAACUCGGACUUAGCCUCGGCGCCCACUACACCGGGGAGUUCAAGCAUAACCAGAAACAUGGUGCGGGGAUACUAGUCUCUAACAACGGUUUCAUAUUAAAAAGUAAACAGUUAUUUCAAGACGGCAACCUGGACACGAAUUCAGAAGAUGUUGAUAUUUCUAACGCGAAAGGUAUAAAGUAUGAUCAAACUGUCGAACCUUACAAGUUUGAUAUAAUCGACAACUCGGUGGGAUUUCGGUACCAUGUUAAACAGGCGAUCAAAAAUAUAGACAAGCAGCAACAAAUCAGACAGGCCAUGAUCAACAAAUUCAUAGAGUCCAAUAAAAAGCUCUACGAAAACUUGCGUCUGUCGAAUCGCGAUGAAAUCGACGAAAAUAUUCCCGACGAUUUAAUCGAAUUUGAGCUCAGAGCACUGGACAAUUCUUUGCGGUGCUAUGAAAGUGAUUUGAAAAGAAUUUAUUACAAAUAUUGUACUUUAUGCAACUCGAAAAAAAUAAAUUUUACUCCCAUUUUGAUUCGACUCUACCUAUGGCAAAUGUAUUACGAUUGCAACAUACAUGAGAAGGGAUUGACAUUGGUACAAAUCGACAACAUAUUUGCCCAGAAUCCUCGUUGGCUUGCGAGUUCACCGCACGAUCCCUUCGAGCCAGUUUACUAUUGGCAAUUUAUACAUAGUCUUAUAUCGGUGGCCAAUAAACUGUACGCAAAAAGAGUGUUACCAGGUCCAAAACCUGACACAAUAUUAGCAAACGCAUUUAGAAAAUUUAUGGACAAAGACAUUUUACCGGGAGUGACUCAACAAAAAGAUCGAUUUAUUAAUGGUUAUGGGGUAUUUAUGCCGUUAAAACCUCUAUAUAAAUUAUAUCAAAGCUUAGGAGAACCGCAUACUCUCCUGACGUUUAUUCGCGCCGUGCAUCAUCCCUCACAUUUAAAAGUCCAAAAUCUGAACGAUCUCCACGUUGAAUCUAACAAUCCCUGUUUUGGACAUAAUUCUUACAUUUUCGGGAAUGAAAUUACAUAUGUUCUAGACUCCUAUGCGGAAACUACUUUACAAAACUUGAAGAAGCAAAAGAAACAAGAAUUGAAAUUAUUUAACUUCGACAAUCUUCCUUGUACAUCAAUAAUAUCGAUCUUUUCCCGUAUAUUUCCCAAAGUCUGUGAGGAACAAAGAAUCAUCAACUUAAACAUAGAGAUAACAUUUUUUGAAUUCUUUGAAAUCUUUAUCGCUUGUGCGCUUAAAAGUGUUUCUUUAAGAGAACUUGGUACGCUAGAACAGUUGUCGACGGAAGGCAUCAGCACGAUACCGACUGCAACGCCGCAGACUCCGACUGAACUUUAUUAAAUUAUUAAUUA